CCUUCAGCAGGAAGUGUGAGUGUGAGUUCUCAGCUCUGUCUCCCCGGGACGGAUUACAGCAGACGGGCUGUUUUUAGCUUUAGCCCGGCUUUAGGAGCUAAUCAGCGUGGGGAGUGGCGCAGGGUUUCUGUUUUGUUUUGGUUUUAUUUUUUACAACACCUCACACACGUUUCGGGUGCGAAGUAUUCAGCUGAAACACUGAUUGUGUCUACAGAGAAUCUUCUGUGAUGCUGCGACGAAAACCUGGAGUUUUAUAACCAGGAUAAACUCGCUUGUUGAUGAAGUUCAAAGCUAGCCGUGAUGCUGCCCUCGUCCAGACCUCGCUGUGUGCCUGCGCUCCUCUCUCCAUGGUAAGCGGACAGCGCAGGAAGCUCAAGGCGGCCGAAGGUAUGGAGGCCCCUGUUUCUCAGACACAAACUUUACACACCCAGCACAAGAAACGACCCGAGGACUUCAAAUUCGGCCGAAUCCUCGGUGAAGGCUCCUUCUCAACCGUGGUUUUAGCAAAAGAGCUUUCUACAGGAAAGGAAUAUGCAAUCAAAAUUCUGGAGAAGCUGCACAUCAGGAAGGAGAAUAAAACACACUAUGUAAAAAGGGAGCGGGACAUCAUGUCCAGCAUAGAUCAUCCCUUUUUUGUAAAGCUCUACUUCACAUUUCAGGAUGCUGAAAAAUUAUAUUUUGGACUUAGUUACGCUAAGAACGGCGAACUGCUCCGCUACAUUCGCAAAAUAGGCUCUUUCGAUGAGACCUGCACACGCUUUUACGCCGCAGAAAUAGUCUGCGCUCUUGAGUAUCUACAUUCAAUAGGAAUCAUUCACAGGGACCUGAAACCAGAGAAUAUUUUACUGAGCGAGGAGAUGCACGUUCAGAUUACGGAUUUUGGAACGGCGAAGCAGUUUUCCUCCGAUAGCUCUCAAACGAGAGCGAACUCUUUUGUCGGGACGGCGCAGUAUGUUUCUCCAGAACUGCUGACUGAAAAAUCAGCAUGUAAAAGUUCGGACCUUUGGGCUCUAGGCUGUAUAGUUUACCAAUUGGUGGCUGGAUUGCCCCCCUUCAGAGCAGCGAAUGAAUACUUGAUAUUCCAGAAGAUAAUAAAACUGGAGUAUGAAUUUCCAGAGAAAUUCUUUCCCAAAGCUAAGGAUCUGGUGGAGAAGCUAUUAUGUCCAGACCCCACCAAGCGUCUAGGCUGUGAGGAGAUGGGGGGCUACAAUCCCCUGAGAGCCCACGCCUUCUUUGAGAGCAUCUCUUGGGAGAACCUCCAUCUGCAGACUCCUCCGAAACUCACCCCGUACCUGCCAGCCAUGGCCGAGGAUGAGGAGGAGUACUACGGCAAUUAUGAUGACCUCCUGAGUCAGUUCAGCAGCAUGGAGGUGGUUCACUCCAGUUCCUCGCAGGCUCUGUCGGUGCUGACCACGUUGUUGCCCCAGAGAUCCACCAGCAACAUCGAGCAGUACAUCCAUGACCUGGACAGCAACUCCUUUGAGCUGGACCUGCAGUUCUCCAGCGAGGAGAAGCAGCUGCUGUUGCAGAAGCAGACCAGCAGGAACCCCUGGCACCAGUUUGUUGAAAACAACUUGAUAUUAAAAAUGGGACCAGUUGACAAAAGAAAGGGCUUGUUUGCUCGUCGAAGGCAGCUGCUACUGACGGAGGGGCCGCAUCUUUACUACGUAGAUCCUGUGAAUAAAGUCCUCAAAGGGGAGAUCCCAUGGUCUCCUGAGCUGCGACCAGAAGCCAAGAACUUCAAGACUUUCUUCGUCCACACGCCACACAGGACGUAUUAUUUAAUGGACCCCAACGGCAAUGCGGACAAAUGGUGUAAGAAGAUCCAAGAAGUCUGGGGAAAGAUUUACCACAAUCAUCAGAAUACAGACAUGUAGAGAGGCGAUAUGAAUGAGAGAGAGAGAGAGAGAGACAAGGCACAUCCUCGUGAACUGAGCCUUUUAGUAGUUAAGCACUUCUAAAGACUUUGGCAAGACCAGCAUUUUAGGAUUAAUUUAAACGUUCAUUCGGCAGUAGGCUUGUGCGAUAUAUAUAUAUAUAUAUAUAUAUAUAU